GGUGGCGAUGCUGCGGUUGGCGCAGCUCUGCUGGCUGCGUUGACCCGUGCCUUGGAAGAGCACGCGGCGAACCCGAGUAGCAGCUUGCCAAGAACUCGAGCUGGGGAGCCAUUGAUCACGGUUGGAAGUGUUGUUUUAUAUUAAGGCUACAAGAAAUUAUCCAUGUUACGGAGUUGUAUCUUGGUCCCGCUUUUAAAGCAAGGGAAGUCGUGAAGCAAGAUGGGCCCGAAAUAGAUAGAUUUAUCUUAGUGCUAAGCAUGCGGCUCGACGACGCAAACCACAACGCCGCCGCCCACGAGUACCACCACGACAACCAGUACGACGCGGACCCCGAUGCCUGACGUGGAGCGAGAGAUCUUGCUGGGCCUAACCUUGCCUGCUGGACUCGAUCCGGUCCUUCUCGGGGAAAAUCCAGUCUUUAUGAACGUGUUGGGCGUCGGCUUGCUAAAUUACCUUGCGAGCUACGCUGGAACGCCAGCGCCAGGAGUCUUGGUGCGCAGCAUCGUCGCAGACGUCACCUCAAAUGGAGC